AUGUUCCGUCCCGCCGCCCGAGCGCUUGCUCGCGCGCCUGCUGUCGCGGCCCGUUACCCAGCAAACACUCGAUUGAUAAGCACUGCUGGUCCGACCUCGAGAUCGAGAAGCUGGAAGAACACUUUUCUUCGGCUAGGAUUGGCAGGUGGUGCUAUCUACUACUACAACACGAGCAGUGCUUUUGCUCAAGAGCCUUCUUUCUCCCUUAUCAGCCAAUCGAAGAAUGAGAAAGCCGAAGAUUCUUCCCUCCCCACCCUCGACUCCAUCACCCCCAAGAUCCGUGAAGAGAAGGCUGCUGUCCGGUCUCAGCCGAAGGCCGAUGUGCCUGCCCCGGAGGCUGUUGCCCCCGAGCCCGCUGCUGUGGAGGUGAACCCCCAGAUUGGAAUUGACUCAGAAGAGCCCCCCGAGUCUGCUGCGUUCAACCCGGAGACUGGUGAGAUCAACUGGGACUGCCCAUGCCUGGGCGGCAUGGCCCACGGCCCUUGCGGAGAGGAGUUCAGGGCAGCAUUCUCCUGCUUCGUGUACUCGGAUGAGGAGCCCAAGGGAAUCGAGUGCAUUGAGAAGUUCAAGGGUAUGCAAGAUUGCUUCCGGCAACACCCUGACGUGUACGGCGCCGAGUUGGAAGAUGACGAGCCUGAGACUGAUGCCCCUGCGCCUGUCCCCGCCGCCGAAGGUGACGCCGCUGCUCCCACCAAUGUGCAGGCUGAGGCCGAGGGCGAGAGCCUGCUCACCAAGGCCCACUUCGAGUCUGAGCAGCAGGACAAGGAAGCCAAAUGA